GGCGGGCGGCGGACGCAGAGAAAUUCUGUUGUGAUCGCCUCGGAAUUGCCGAAAUCGGCUGGCUCGAGAGCAUUUAGGCUGCCACCGUCGUUCAAUCAAUCCCGGUCACCCCGUCAGCCACCUCCGAGAAGAGAUCCAAGACAUCAAAGAUCAGGAUGCACGAUGACGCAUGAGGAAACCAUGCAGAUCUCGAUCAAACCUGCAUUCAAACGCUCUUAUGGUUUCCACAUGCGUCGGAUCAAAUUAAUAAUAUCGCUUUUGACCCAGUGA